AUGGGGCGCAUGUUUAUAUCCGUCCUUGUCGCGGGCUUGGUUGGGUAUGCCUUUGCUGGCAUGCACCAUCCUGCCCAUGGACAUCGCCAUCGCCACUUGAUGCCACGUAUCGAAGACUUGGAGCUGCGAAACCUGGCCUGGGAUAACGUGAAUAACACCCCAGAUGAUUUUGUGGUGGAAGUCAUUACCCUCACGACCACCACAACCGUUCUUGGAAACUGCGCGCCAACCAAUCCCAUUCACUCUACCCUUACGCUUGUCAGACAUAGGCCUGAGCCUACGCCGUGCGCACACGACCAUGCCGUGCACAGCCUCGCGCGUCCCGAGGCAUACGAGGAGCACUGGCAUCAACGGGAACAACGGCCUGAGCGUAUUGUCCCUGCGCCGACAAACACAAGGCCCGAUCAGCCUCAAUUCACUCAACCCAAUCCCUCAGCCCCCAGUCCAACGCAGCCAGAGGCAAUUACCACUAUGUUCGUGACACAAACAAUCAUUAAAACCGCAAUGAAUACAGUAAAGAUCACCGUCUACCCAGGGGCCAGCCCUGUGCCACUUGCAAACUCAUACACCGGGAUUCCCUCAAAGGCCGAAAAAACCGCGGCUGCAGAUACACUUCCAAAGGGCUCUUUGGAAGAAGAGAACGCCGUCCCAGCAAAGCGCCCAUCUCCACCGCCUCACAACAAAAGCAACGGCGGACCCAUCAACUCCGUACUCGAUUCGCCGAGCGAAGUCCUCCCUGAUCUCCCAGUAGUCGACCAGAUCCUCCCAGGCCCAAAGUCAGACGCCCCCACCUCAGUAGACUGGACCGCAACACCACCGAAAGGCCAGUUCUCAACAAACAAAUUCGGAGGACGUACUCAGCCGAAAGGCAAAGGUACGGAGAUCCAGUACCAGGGAAAUGUCGGCAAUCCUUGGGGAAGCAAUAUCAUCAAUGUCAGUCCGACCGAGGCACACACCUACAAAUAUGUGGCGCAGUUCACUGGUUCAAAUGAUAAGCCCUGGACGGUGGUUGUGUGGAACAAAAUCGGGCCCGACGGAAAAUUGACCGGAUGGUAUGGCAACUCUGCUCUGACGUUCACUCUUGCACCUGGUGAGACUCGCUAUGUUGCUUUUGAUGAGGACUCCGAGGGCGCUUGGGGGGCUGCACCUGGUGAUCACUUGCCUAAGGAUCAAUGGGGUGGAUACUCGUGCACAUGGGGCGAGUUUGGGUUCGGUGAUGGUGAGAAUAAUGGCUGGUCGGGAUGGGAUGUUUCGGCUAUUCAGGCGCAGAUUGCCAAUCAACCUGUUCAGGGAAUGUCUAUCUGUCAGGCUGAUGGGAAGGGAUGCUCUAUCAUCACACCUGAUGCUAAAAAGGUGGUUGAUGCCUAUGUCAAGUCAAAGAAACACCUGGAUGGUAUUGGUGGUGCGGCGUCUCCUGGUCCUGUGCGGUUGAAAGUGGUGCUUGAUUAUCGGGGGUGA